UUCAAGAGCUGCGUUGCGGAUAAAUAUUGGAUUCUUCCCUUGCACAGACAGCUAGCCAUCUAACUAAGCUAACAGGGAAAAAGUGUCCGAAGAGUGGCAUUCCAUGUAAUUUCAACAAAAAGCAAGCCCAUUAUCAAGAACUGAAACGUAGAUAUAAAAAAAAGAAAGAGAGAGACUGAUUGACUUCAUUUCAUUACGAGCUUGUCAGUGUCUCCGUCAAAAAUCCCAAUUCGGUGCUGUCAUUCUGCUGUAACAUCUCAUUCAAUACAAAAAUUAUUUUUUAAAAAUCAUUGUCUGUUAUACCAAAAAACCCCUUUUUUUUUCUCUUCCUUUCUUUUUCUCUCUUUCGAUAUAGCAUUUGACAGUUUUCUUUAGAAUUUUGGGAACACCCCUUUUUUGUAUCUUGGUAUCAAUCAUGGAAGAUCGUAAGGAGAAAAAUGCUCCAUGGCUAUCAGUACCACAAUUUGGGGACUGGGACCAGAAGGGACAGCUGCCAGAUUACUCUCUUGACUUCUCAAAAAUUAGGGAAAUGAGGAAGCAGAACAAGAGGGAAGUUUCAAGAGCCAGUCUUGGAAAUGAAGAAGAGUUCAUUAACCCAACUGCCACCAGUGUUAGCACCGCUCCUAGUGAUGAUCACAACCAUUAUCCUCAGAAUCAUGACUCUCCAACCACAAGGAGGAGUAUCUUCAGCUGCUUCAACUGUUGCGUUAAGGCCUAAGGUUCAUGGACAUAAUGAUAGAUAAUUUUAAAAGCUACGUGUGAUGACGAUGUAUCUAAAGAGCACUUUUUUUUCCUUGUAAUGCUUUUGUUUUCUGAUCCUAUUUCUUCUUCUGCUUCUCUUCAUCACCUCUUCGUUUUUUCACAUAGGAAAGAUGAUAUGCUUAUUAAAUUUGGUGAUGAUUUAUGUAUCUCUGCAUCCUGUUUUCUUGGGUGCUUUAUCACGAGAACUGAUGUAGUUUGAAUGAAAACUAAUGGAGAAGUAAAGAGGUAGUUCGAAGUCUUGAAA